AUGCCCAAUGCGGCACUUUGCCCGCGGCUUUGUGGGAGUGUUGCCUUGGGCAUAUUGUGUUGUCUUUGUGGUGGCGGCGGACUGACCCCCUGCCCAGCGGGGGAGUCUCCCGAGCCAUUCGUGGCUCGUUUCAUGGCCAAGAUCAAGGUCCGCCGCCGUUUCGCGAAAGAUGCGAAGGCCAACGACGAGCACGGCUUGUCAGUCUCGAACGAGUGUGCAAGAAUAUGCAAUGCCUUUGUAGGCAGUGUGCCUGAAUCUAGCACCGACAACCAAAUCGCUGGUGCCUUCGGAAACAUGGCACUCCAGCAAGAUCCCCGCGGUGUCGACCGAGGUCGUCACCAGAGCUUCUUCGCUCUCAACGCUCCACAAGGAAACCCAUUUGCCGCAGCUGGCGCUGCCAGCAUACCAUUUCCCACUAGCCUUCAGCAACAGCCCUUUACUGGGCAGCACUUCGGUCUGCCAGGGACUUCGAACAGUCUCGAACGAGUGUGCAAGAACAUCCGAUCUCUUUACAGCCCAAAGCUUCCAGCAGUUCUUCACUGGGCAGCAGUUUGGUCCCCCAGGCGCGUCGAACACCCUGGCACUCACGAACCCAAACGGCUUCGGAAGGUUUGA